GUCACGUUAUUAAUUCCGAGCAUCGCUCACGACACGUGGGAAGUCUCUUGAGUUCUCCCGUCCAUCCACGGAUAAUCGCCUGAUCAGGCUUAAGGAGCGAGAGUAACGCUGCAAUGGAGCCCAACAAGGUUCAGCGCACCGUUAAAUUCUUCAGCAAGGUUAAAACAGGAUGCCUGACGUGCAAGAAACGCAAAGUGAAAUGCGAUGAAGUGAAACCGCACUGUCGCCGUUGCACCGGCUCAGGCCGCAAAUGCGAAGGCUACCCCCAAGACCGACCAAGCCCCCCUCCGAUGUCCGUGGGUGCCGGUCCCGAGUCCCACUCCGUGCUCUUCGCCUCCCCCGCCGAAAGGAGAAGUUUCUUCUACUUUCAGUCUCAGGCCUGCAAGCCCCUGGGUGGGCACUUCAACUCGUCGUUCUGGGGGCGGGAGGUGAUGCAGGCAGCCAUUCAUUACCCGCCAGUCCGACACCUCGUCAUCGCCAUUGGCUCUGCAUACGAAGCUUUCGAGUCAGGAUCAACCGGCCAAGAGACACAGUUCAUCUUGCAACAAUGCAACCAAUCUAUCGGGCAUCUUACCACCCUAGGACGGCCCACUGAUGCCCCGUCAGUGGAGGUCACUUGCUGCAUUCUCACAGCAUCGCUACUAUUCGUCUACCUGGCGAGCAUCCGCGGCCACCACGCCGAAGCCUUUCAGCACGUCCGGUCUGCGGCAAAGGUGUUACAAGACUUCGAGCGAUCGGCAGGUUUAACUCAAAAGCCUAAUGGCACUACUCCCGUGCUAGCGAGUUUCUCUCAUCGUCUUCGACAGAUAGACUCCAGGAAACAGUGGCCCGUCAUCGAGGACUUUAAAAGACCAUUCCCAAGACCGAGGAUUCACAGGAUCGGGAAGGUAUCGCCAUCUUACGCGUUUACCACUUGA